AUGAAUGAUGGUGAAAACGAGUUAGCAAAACGCAAGAAGAAACACUGGACAUUAGAUUGGGAUAAGGAUGAAUUCUCUGGAAAAGGUGGAGAUGCUUUUGUUAUGAAUGGCUUUAAAAACUGGAAUAUACCAAAUAGGUUCGAAAGACAUGAGGGAGCCGUUAAUAGUAUCCAUAAUCGAGCUAGAGAAAAGUUUGAUAUGCUUACCAAAUCCAAAAAGUCAAUACAAAGUGCUUUUAAGCAUCAAUCUACAAAAUCCCAAAAAGAAUACCACAGUCGUUUGUUUGCUUCAAUACAUAGUAUAAGGUAUCUUUUACAUCAAGGAUUGCCAACUCGGGGUCAUGAUGAAAGUCAAGGAUCAAGUAAUAAAGGGAACUUUAUCGAACUUCUUGAAUGGUUAGCAAAACAUAAUGAGGAAGUUGAAAAAGUUGUGUUGAAAAAUGCUCCAAAGAACUUAAAAGUGACCUCCUCUUCCAUUGAAAAAGAUAUCACACACGCUUGUGCAAAAGAAACAACUGAAGCCAUUAUUAAAGAACUUGGUGAAGAUUACUUUGCAAUAUUGGCAGAUGAAUCGGCUGAUAUAACUCAUAACGAGAAAAUUUCUUUGUGCUUGCAAUAUGCAAUUUAUUCUUUGCUUACGGAGCAUUCGUUAAGUUCAUCUAAAAUUCGAGGUCAAGGAUAUGAUGGAGCUAGCAAUAUGAAGGGUGAAAGUAAUGGACUUAAAACUCUAAUCUUAAAAGAAACCACAUCUGCAUACUAUGUUCACUAUUUUGCACAUCAACAUCAACUAACAAUAGUUGUUGUUUCAAAAAAGAGCAUAAAUUAUGGUUGGCUCUUUGACAUACUUACAAACUUACUAAAUAUCAUUGGAGUUUCUUGUAAGAGAAAAGAAAUGUUGCCAGAAGCUCAAGCUCAAAAGGUUUCACAAGCAUUUGAUGAUGGUCAACUUGAAAGUGGCAAAGGAUUGAAUCAAGAACUUAGUUUGGGAAGACCAGGUGAUACUCGUUGGGGAUCCCACUAUAAACUGACUGUGAAUGUUAUUUCCUUAUAUCCUGUGAUACGCGAGGUUCUUGAUAAGAUUGGAGAUGUAUCUUCAAGCACGGACGAUUGGCUAAAAGUGGAUGUUGUUGGUUAUUUACCCGAGUCUUUUGAUUUUAUAUUUAUGAUACAUUUGAUGAAGACUAUUUUUGAUGAUGCAAAUGAUUUGAACAACGCUUUACAAACUAAAGAUCAAGACAUAGUUAAUGCCAUGUCGUUGGUGACAUUGACCCGACAACGACUACAACAAGUAAAAGAUAAUGGGUGGGAACCUCUCCUAAGUUUGAGUAUCCCUUUCGAAAAGUAG